GUAGCUUUGAAUGAACGAAACUAUUGUUUUUUCCGACUUAUAUCGGCAAAACAAACAAACAAACAAACAAACGCCAAUGUAAGAUGUUGGCGCGCGCAUGGCCGUUUCUUCCCUGAGGUGAGGUUUCCCUGGCAACACGCAAUCUUCUUUAACAAUGUUCUGUGAUUUGCGCUCGUCCACACAUGAAGCCACAACAAAAAGUUAUUCAUUCAAUCAUCAUGAGAUUACAAACUAAAUGUGGAUGGAUGGUGUAAAUGACGUGGAGCUCCAUGAGCUCAGGCCCUCAGGACAUGGCGUAGAAAACACUUCCUUCCACGAUGAGGAAGAUGAAGCUCGGGUAUCUGUUGUUAAUUCCAGGAAAAGUCAACAUUUUUCCUCGCGCAGUGGAAGUGGAAUAAGUUCUCAGAUUUGUCAAGGAAAUGUUCACUCAGAUGAAGAACAAGAACGAGUGUAUGAAGAACGUCCUGUGGAUUACAGCUUCAUGUUGGCACUGGUAUUUCUCGUUAGUGGAAUUGCUUUAGUCAUCAUUGCAUACGCCAUACCAAGGGAGGCUCGAAUCAAUCCAGAUCAGGUUACAGCACGGCAGAUGGAAAGGUUAGAGAUGUACUAUGCACAGCUUGGUGCACACCUUGAUAAGUGCAUAAUUGCUGGACUUGGCUUACUUACUCUGGGUGGGAUGCUUUUGUCCAUUCUGCUAAUGGUUUCUCUGUGCAAAGGUGAGCUUUAUUACCGUAGAACUUUCGCCAACUUGAGGAGACCCAUGAAGUCAUAUGGUUCCAUAAACAUGAGGAUGGGACAGUUAGCAUCUGAAAAUGGCAGAGAACAUAUCAUGGAGUGUGAUUCAAGCACUGACACUCCGGAUGCACUGAGUCCUGAAGGAAUGCAACAUCUACAGCAAACUCAGUAGCACAAGCUUACAGUGCCUGCCACUCAACUAGCUGAAUCCCAAAUGGCUGCUUUCUGUACUUCCUAUAGGCUGUAAGUACACUAUGAACAUGUUUAGAUGAAAAGACUCUCUAUGAAAGUUACCAGAUAUUGACUUAUUUAUUCCAUAUUUAUUUAUUCCAUUCCUUGGCAGGCUUUUAGGCAUUUUUUUAGUCUUAGCUGAAAUAAUACAAGAUUAAUCUGAAAAAGAAUACAAGAGCAUUGAAUAUAUGAAACAGUCCAUGAGUCCCCUUCUUGAGUUUUUAAAUAGAUUGGUUUUCUUCUUUAUUCUUCUUCUAAGACACACAAUUCGGAAUAUGAGUCUUAAAUUUUCAUUGGUAAAUGAGUUUACAUAGGUAUAUUAAGUUAGAUAGACAGAUAAACUCUGCAUUGCUGUGGUCCUGAAAUAGUUCCCAUGUGCAGUGACCUUACACCAGGUGUUAGAUUCUGUGUUACCAGUGGUAGGGUUAACAUCUAAACUCUCUGCCUCUUGUACUGUAACUUGCUAUCUAUCUCUAGUAGUGUUUAGGACCUGCAUUGUCAUUCUAUAAUCUUACAAGUGUUACAACAUAGACUAUUCACACAUUGGCAGGCAGCACAGCACAGUGUGGUAGAAGUGAAUUAUUUGCAAAAUUUGUUUAAAAAUAACAAUUAUGGUGGAUGACACAAGCAAUACGUGCUGUACGCAAAGGUGUCAUGCUAAAGUUAAGUACUGUGCUAAUAGAACUAGCAUACAUGCCCGUAUUGCUUAACACCAUCCUGGUCUAGAUGAGAAACCUAAACCUGUUACUAGCUGCCAAUAAUGCACACUAGACACAAGUUUAAACAGGAAUCCCCCACAAUUCAGAAGAAUAAAGCUAUUCACAACAUCAGUUGUCCAUUGCAUGUGCAAAGAUAGGACAUAUCAUCUUUCUUAAUAUACAGGUUUUCGAAAAAGGAUUUUCACUUUAGAGCUAUGGCACAUUAUACUUGUAGCAUCGAGAAGUUUUUCUCAUCUGCAGGUCAUUUUAUCACAGAACACAAUUUUACACCAGCGAAUAUGGACCAGCUCUUGUUUUUUCACCUUCAAACUUAACUAACUCUAAACACUAACUUAAUGUAAGCUGUGCUAU